ACCUGAUAGCUUGCGAAGGAAAAGCAUCCCUCUAGCCCCCAGGGCUGUUUACUUGUAGUCAUGCCAACCGGCAAGUACACGUGAUGAUGUGUUUUCUUUCGCCUAGCUGUGACGCAACAGGCAAAGAAUAAACCGUAUCAGAUUACAUGACAUCAUUUAUGUUAUGUUACUGAAGAAAAUUUUUGGAAUUAGCAGAUAUAUAAUCCAGAAUCACCAAGGUCAAUGAAUAAACUACUAAAAACAAGAAACAAAAUAGAAUGAUAUCCACUUUUCACAUUUCAGUGAAAAGAAUAUGCAUUUUUCUCACAAACGCUUAUCCAGAAUAUUCAAAAUCUAACCAUUUUUGAAAAAGAUGUCAAAAUCUCUUGAUUAUUUAGAACUUUGAUUAAAAUAAUAACAUAUUGAUCAAUGUCACAUCUAGUCUUAAAGUUUUGAUAACCCUUGAUUUGUGAUACUUACUUUAAUGUUUGCUUACGUCAGAUCUUAACUUUUUAGGAUCGUGUUUUCUAAUCAUAACUCUUAACAUAAGAAUUAUAACUAUCAUUUUUAUUUACAGUCUACUAGUGCUACCUACUAGUUGUGAGUCUGUUGAUCAAAAUCUAACAAUAUUUAAUUCCUAAUUUCUAGAAUCUAUACUAAAAGAAGGAUUCUUAAUUUCGAUGUGCUGAUAAAAAUUCGCCAAGGCAAUUCUCUAGUAAUUUUAUUUGUGUUCCAUUACAAUUUGAUAACAUAACGUCAUAAAAAUAGGCUAUAAAAUAGCCCAUAUUCAUAAUAAACGUACUCCAUAAAUUGAGAUAUCCCAGCGAGUCAGAAGCAUAAUUGUGAUGGAAGUGCCAUGAAUGGUGAGAGAGGCUUAACUCUGGACUCAGCCAUGAACGGACACUCUAGCAUGACAGGCACUCUGACGGAUUACAAGGGUUCCAGACCCAACAACCUCCAUCCGGGAGACAGGAAGUUUCCGGAUCAGGAGAGGGCGAACUUGUGGAGUCCCUGCAGUAAUUGCAGCAGCGACGAGAAUAACUCGCCAACUGCCCUUAACACUUUCAAUUGGGACAAGCCAGCCCUCGAAGACAAAAGCGUGGAUUUCGGAUGGUCCUUGAGGAAUGACAAAGGAAAUGAUAUAAGUAAAAGUUCUAACCCUAAACGUUUGGAUACUUCGCGAAGAAAAACCGAAGAAAACCUAAACGGAUAUGCUAACUUCCACAGUGGAGAUUGCCAAAGCACUACUGGAACAAAAAAAUCAAAAUCAAAACAUUCUCCUAAAAGGGAGCGAAGGUUAGGUGAAAGCUGUAGAAGUGAUUCUUCUGUUCAAGAUAUUUAUCCUACUAAAGAUCCUAUUGAAGAUUUAACGAAGGAGUUUCAACAUAUUAAUGGCGUUAGAAACGGAACAAUUGAAUCUGAAAGUGAAAGAUCUGAAGAAGAUAUAAUUAAAGAAAAAGAAGACCUGCGCAAUAUUGCAUGGUUUCAAGCUGGAAUACCUAGGGAAAUAGCACUUGAAGUUCUGGCUGAAAAACCAGAAGGUUCUUUUAUAGUCCGCGAAAGUACCACAAAACCAGAUUGCUACGCCCUUUCUCUAAGGGUCCCACCUGGAAAAAAUCCAGAUGGAAUUGCACACUAUCUCAUCCUUCGUACUAAUAAAGGAUACAAAAUAAAAGGUUUUACGAAGGAAUUUUCUAGUCUCAACGCACUUAUAACCCACCAUUCUGUGAUGCCUGAAAUGUUACCGUGUCCUCUUUCUCUAUCUCAGAACUCAACCAGAGAUGCAGAACAAGAAUUUGAAGACAUAGAACAAAAGACUUGUGACAUUUUCUCAGAUAUUCACUGGAUUAUGACUGAUCUAGGAACUUAAGAGAAUGAAGCCCGACAGUCGAAGAGAAAAGCUUUACUUGAAUAUUUCAUAAUAAACAUAAGUCUACCAAAAAAAUUCUGUAAAAAUAUAAUAUAGAAAACUUAUCGAUUUAAAUUAGAACUACUGUGCUUUACAUUUAAAGUGGUUCAUACUUAAAGAGCUUUAUAUUAGUAACAAAAGCUUUUACGUGAACUCACAGAUUUAAGAGUAAAUUAAUGAAAUGACAAAAAUUUUGUGUUUAAAAAAAAUACAAAUGUUUUACACAUAUGUCAAGGAAAAUAUGUAUGAUUCAAAUUUAGAGUAUAUUAUAUUAAUUCAAUGGACAAGUAACAUAAUCAUUAAAUUAAAAUUCUAAUCACCAACAAGCAAAAAAUUAUUUAAAAAUCAAUUUAUGUCCCUGUUGAGAUGAAUAACUGGAAAAAUUUCAGCUAUUAUGUGCAUGUGUCAGGAAAUAUGUGAUAACUUUAGCUGUAGUGUUUUCCUGAGAACUUUAACAUAAUGUUUAAACAAAGAAAGUAGUGAAAGCGUGAUUGUUUUAAUUAAUUAUGAAAGUUCUUGAAGAUGUAGAGAAUAGUUUUAAACUACUAAAAUAAACAUUAAAAAAUAAUAACAUAUAAUUUGAAAGUAGAUAAAUUAUAUCAAUUUAAUAAUUUUUUUAAAAAAUUUACACUGCUAUCACUGCAUUAUAAACAGAAGUUUCAAGUCUCAAUUUAAAUAGGACAUCAAAUAAAUUACUAUUUUAACUUAGUAAAUAAUUGCCUAGAAAAUUAAGCUAAUACUAAUUAAGUCCUAUAUAAAAAAAUCUUAUUCCUUACUUUAAAUUUUUUAAAAAAACUAAGCAUUUAAUUAAGUUGAAAAGAAAAUACUUGCACUUUGAAUAAAAAAAUUAUGCAGCUGUUUUUAAUUGGAAAAAAAAGUUUCUAAAAAUUUGGAUGUGUUUGAUCUAUAAAAAUAUUUUCUGAUUUUCCAUGAUGUCUUUUUAUCUGACUAGUUUUCAACAUGAUUAUAAUUUUAACCAUUUGCCACAAAAUGAAGAUUUUAGGUGUAUUAAUUUUAAAUAAGAACAAAAUCAAGUUAAAAAAAAAAGUUUAUUGAAAAAAAAGAGAGAAGAAUAAGACUUCUAGUCAAAAAUGAAACAAGCAUGUACAAAGAUUGAAAUGUAUUCCUUGUAACAAAAAAAGAGAUAAAAUGUACAUAAUGAUCUAAAUUAAUAUAAUAUAUAUUGCAUCUUCCAUGUGAUUUUUUGAAAGUUCCAUUGAAAAAAGAAUACACCGAUGAGUUGAAGUAUUCUUUUUCUGAAGUUAAUAUUAUGAACAACUUUCAACUUCUUUUUAAUAAAGUACUUUAAAAACAUGCCUUAUUUAUUGAACUUUUUUUUUAAAAAUACACAAACAGAAAAAAAAAAUUAAAAUUUCAAAAUACAACUCAACAAAUGUAUUACUUGAUACACUUAUAAAACAAUUUAUAAAUACUUACAUUUUGGAAAAUGAAAUAAGACAAAAAUUCCAUGUAAUAGUAUAUGCCUUUAAUUCAAAAUAAAAAUUAUGCAAAUUAACUUCUAACAGAAAUUAAAGAUUUCAAGUGAUCUCCAAAUCACUAACUACUGAAACUUUAAAUGGCCUAAAAAAUUUCUACGAAAGUUAUUUAAAAGCAAAAGACAGAGUUAUUGAGAUUAUUUACAUCAAAAUACCUAAGAAUUGACAAUAAUUUGUCAUAAUUUUAAUAUCAUUUAACUGUAAAUAUAUACCCAAAACAAUCAAAUAUGUAAAAAACUAACAAUCUUUUUUUAAUUAGUACGUAAUUAUUAUGUUAGAGUCAAAAUUAUCAGCUUAACAGAUUAAAGUAUUAACGUUUACCUGCCUUCAAAAAUAGAAAGAAUUAUAACAGUAAUAUAUACAUUAGAUUGAGUUAAACAUUAACAGACACUAAAAUGACUAACAAAAGGUUCAUCAAGUGCAAGACAUUUUAGUAAAAUACAAUCACAAAAA